AUGGCACCCCCGAAGCCGGACCCCACCCCGAAGGACCCCCCGAGCCCGAACCUGAUCCCCGGAAUCCGUGAGUCCCCGAAGCCCCGAAGCCGUGAGUCAACCGAACCCCCCAAAACCCGGAGUCCCGAACCCCCAACCGUGAUCCCCCCGGCCCCAACCGUGAGUCCCCAAACCCCCCGAACCCGUAGUCACCAAAGCCCCAAUUUUCCAAAUCCCCGAAGCCAACCCCCUGAAUUCCGUGAGCCCCCCGAAAGCCCCGAAUCCGUGAGUCCCGAGCCCCGAACCCGUGGUCCCCAAACCCCGAACCCGGGAGCCCGAAGCCCCCGAACCCGGGAGCCGAAGGCCCCGAACCUGAUCCCAACCCAACCCCCUGAGUCACCGAAGCCCCGACCCCGUGAGCCGAGAAGGCCCCUUUUGCCCCCCAAAUCCGUGACCCCCCAACCCCAACCAACCCGCCCGGUCCCCAAGCCCCGAACCCGGGGGUCCCCGAAGCCCAAAAUCCGUGAUACCAAAGCCCCGAACCCGGGUCCCCGGCCCCGCCCCGGGCCCCCCCCCCCGGGCCCCAACCCCGAACCAGCCCGAAGCCCGAACCGGGAGCCCCGAACCCCCAAACCGUACCCGAACCCCGGCCUCCCGAAGCCCCGAAUCCGUGAGUCCCCGAAGCCCCGAAGCCGUGAGUCCCCGAAGCCCCGAAGCCGUGAGUCCCCGAAGCCCCGAAUCCGUGAGUCCCCGAGAGCAGCGCGCAACAAGGCCGGCGUCGAGCUGUCUCCCAAGACGGUCGCCUCUGAUGUCACUGGCUUUCCCUUGAGCCGCAGGACUUCCCCGCCACGAGAGCACUUUUCCAGCGGCAUUUCAGCCCCGGAGGCACAGCUGGCGCGAGGCAGAGAUUUCACUCUGUAG